CGAAAAGAACAGAAAAUUCUGCGUGAGAGUGAAACUAGUUAAAUAUACAUAAAUAGAUGUAUAAAUUUGAAAAGAAGAAUCUUUUACAGAAAAAGAAAAUUACGAUCGACCUGAAAAAGAUAAGAACACAGAAAGGAAUGAGAUCUUGGAAUUCAUCAGUUGUUUUGUUCUUCUUUUCCUUGCCUUUCCUCCUUCCCCUCUCUGCCUCAGCUUCUUCAAUUCAUCACCAACAUGAAAGAAUCGGGUACAGAGUUUUGAUGAGCUUCAAAGAAAUUUCUAAAGAAGCUAACAAUACUUUCGAUUGCUCUCCCUCUGGACCUUGUGUUCCUUGCCUUUACUCUGAGAAGAGUGACCAAAAAUAUCGAUGUAGUGAGACUGGCUAUCGUAUCCCUUUCAAAUGUGUAGAAACUGAUGAUGGUUCAAAGGCCGAAAAUAAACAAAAAACAGAAAAGGGUAGGUCUAAUCGUGAAAUCUCAGUUAUCAAUGAGAAUUUAAGACAACGAAGAAGCUUACUUGAUGAUUCAUCAACAUCGGAGAGUGGGUCACGAGCCUAUAUUACCUAUAGGAGCUGUAUACCUGCAGUUAACGAGGAGAAGUUAUCAGUACUCGGUUUUGAGGGAAUUAUUUUUGGGUUACUGCUCAUUAGUGGUUCGGUUGUAUUCUUGAGAAGAAAGCGGGCCAUUACCAUGCCUGGAGUUUCAGCAGGGAGGAUCCAACCAAGCUCUAGGUUUUGAUAAAGAAGCCCUUUCAUAUGAAACAGACUUUGUUGAUUGUUGAGGCUUUGGAGUAAUUUAGUAUAAAACUACAUCUACAGGUAAAUGCUUUAGCUGCUCUUCCUUUAUAUAUUUUUUAAUUUUUCUCCAUGUUGCAGUAAAAAUUGUUGAAAGUAAUUUUCUUAGAACGUAAUUGAUUUUCCAGCACUCUGUAAUUAGCUCUGUAGUUGGUAAAUAAUGUUAAACUAUGUUACACGAA